ACUAAAUUUCAUUAUUACCUAACAUGCCAUUUUUUCCUUAUAGGAAACAUGUAUAUUAGCCAAUUAUCCAUUUUUAUGACACACUUACGCCAUGCUUUUAUUUACAGAGGAUAUGAAGCGUCAAAGUCAAGAAUGCCAACACCUAAGAAGUCUAGUUCAAGACCUUGAGAGUAAGGGCAUGCAGAAGUUGAUAAGCAAUACCCAGCCAGGCUCCAGUAGCAGCUGUUGUUGUCAUGGCUUGUAGUCGUGCUGACUACCUCAAAAAGACUAUUCAGUCUAUUCUAAAAUAUCAAACUUCUGUUGCUUUGAAAUUUCCAAUUUUCAUAUCCCAGGAUGGUUCACAUCCUGAUGUUAAAAGGCUAGCUUUGAGCUAUGAUCAGUUGACGUAUAUGCAGCACUUGGAUUAUGAACCUGUACACACAGAAAGACCUGGAGAAAUUAUUGCAUAUUACAAGAUUGCACGUCAUUACAAGUGGGCAUUGGAUCAGCUCUUUUACAAGCAUAAUUUUAGCCGUGUUAUCAUACUGGAAGAUGAUAUGGAAAUUGCCAUUGACUUUUUUGACUAUUUUGAGGCUGGUGCCAUUCUUCUUGACAGCGACAAGUCAAUUAUGGCUAUUUCUUCAUGGAAUGACAACGGGCAAAAACAGUUUGUUAAAGAUCCUUAUGCACUUCUCCGUUCAGACUUUUUCCCUGGUCUUGGGUGGAUGCUGUCAAAGUCUACAUGGGAUGAAUUAUCUCCCAAAUGGCCAAAGGCAUAUCCUUUUCGGGAUGAAGCAUUUAUUUAUUGAAAAAUUAAUGAACUAUGUUUUCUUUUGAAUCCUCGAGCAUUUUUCUUUAACCUAAUUUUCACUUAUUGGGAUGAUUGGUUAAGACUGAAAGAGAACCACAAAGGUCGUCAAUUUGUCCGCCCGGAAAUUUGCAGAACAUACAAUUUUGGGGAGCAUGUAAGUCUAUAGUAGCAAUUUUCUAUAUUUCCCACCAGGUAUUCUCUAACUUUAAGGUUCUACAAACACAAUCAAGCUUUCUAUAGUAAGUUGCUGUAUCAAGAGGGAACUUUAGGAAAGGCAGAGUUGACAGUGUUGGUUCGCACACAUUUGGCAUCAAGAUUCAAGAGGCAUGUGACCUAAUUCCCUAGUACAAAGAGAGGGAGUCUGAAAUGCUAUGUACUUGAGGAGUUUUGGUAGACUUAAAAUGACAUGGAUAGAAGGUGUAAAAGAACAUUUGUCUGUCAAGGUUUGAAGGUUUCAUGAGGAAACACUGCCACUUGAGUUGAUAAGAUUAAUGUUUACGGUGGGCGGAGCAUAAUGAAUUAUCCUAAUUAUGUUUUCAAACUUUUUACAUCUUCCAAAAAUAUCCCAAAUUUUCCAUUUGACGAGGGUCUUCACAGAAAUACCCCCUCUAUUCUUAGUGGUAGAUGUAAGGUUUGCGUAGAUCUCAACCUCCACAAAUCCAACUUCUGGACACAUUGGGUGUGCUUGGUUUGGUUUAUAAUUAGAUCGAGAACCUAUAGUUAUACACUUCUAGAUCACACUAACCAUUAUCCUUACAUUUGUCUUGGACUUUUGCGUGCACACGCAUGUUGGUUAUUUUGCAGGGUUCUAGCUUGGGGCAAUUUUUCAAUCAAUAUCUUGCACCAAUUAAGCUGAAUGAUGUCCAGGUUGACUGGAAGUCAAUGGAUUUGAGCUACCUCAUGGAGGACAAAUAUCUGAAGCAUUUUGCUGAAAUGGUUAAAAAAGCUGAACUGAUACAUGGAGCCGAUGUUGCUCUGAAAGCAAAUAGUAUGAGUGGCGAUGUGUGUAUUCAGUAUAGAGAUCAGCUACAUUUUGAAGAGAUUGCACGCCAGUUUGGCAUAUUUGAAGAAUGGAAGGAUGGUGUUCCAAGGACGGCAUAUAAGGGGGUCGUGGUUUUCCGCUACCAAACCUCAAGGCGUGUAUUCCUUGUUGGUCCCAAUUCUUUUCAACUGCUUGGGAUAUAGAGCAUGAUUAACUAAUACCAAGUACAAGGUUUGGUUGCUUGGUGAGCUCUCUCUUUUACCCUUUUUCCCUUUUAAAAAUUAAACUGCUUGUGAAAUGGACAAAUAUAACCUUUUUCCUUAAUCAACAAUAUAACUGGCAUGCAUGUCUUUUUGAAGUCUCCUCACAGUAUUUGUCAUAUCAUCUCAGNCCCCCCCCCCCCCCCAAAAUUUGCAUUUAGGUUGGGUUCUACUACUAUGUGUAAUACAUAUGUUUAUGUGUC